ACAGGAGAUAGGAGUUUUGUUGUGAUCAGCUGGAUUUUAUCAUUGCUGGUUUAAGACUGCAUAUUAUAUCGAAUGAAGGUGUCAUUCUUCCACAUCAUUGCAUUUACAGAUCAACGAUCAGUGUGCCACUUACACCGUCUGCUGUACUGAGUAUAGGAUCUUCAUAUCAGCAUACUGAAAUCGACGAUCAGUGUGCCACUUACACCGCCUGCUGUACUGAGUAUACGAUCUUCAUAUCAGCAUACUGAAAUCGACGAUCAGUGUGCCACUUACACCGCCUGCUGUACUGAGUAUACGAUCUUCAUAUCAGCAUACUGAAUAUUCGGCAUGGAUAUGUUCGCCAAGAUCGACGUUCUCAAUACGCGCACACUGUUGAUCGGCAUCGUGGUAUUUCUGGCUUUGUUCCGUUUUCUUCGUCGACCGCGCAACUUACCCCCAGGGCCAUGGGGAUGGCCUAUACUUGGCAACCUCCCUCAAAUGAUGUCGUCAGAGGGCACCAUGUUUGAGUUCUUUUCAAAGCUGACGAAAAGGUACGGGAAUAUUAUUCAUGUCAAGGGUGGUGGCAUAUCUAUUGUAUUUCUCCAUGGGCACAACACAGUGAAAGAAGCAUUCUCGCAACAUCAACUCAGCGGCAGACCUGAGCCACACAUCACUUACAAGAUUUGUCCACACGGGAUAGGCAUUCUGGAUUCUUCUGGUGAACAGUGGGUAGAAAUCCGUCGUUUUUGCAUGACCGUGCUUCGAGGUCUCGGGGUUGGCAAAUCAAGCUUUGAGCAGACCAUAUCCACUGAAGCGGACAUCCUCAUGGAAGAAAUCGGCAAACAGAACGGCAAGGCCUUUGAUCCCAAACACGCUUUAGGUAACGCCGUAUCUAACAUCAUCUGCUCGGUAGUGUUCGGGAAGAGAUUUCAGUACAAUGAUCCAGAAUUCCAACGCCUCUUGAAGGUUUUAUCGGACAACGUCGUCGAGGCAGGGUCCGGGGGCAUGAUUGAAAUGUCCCCCGUGUUUUACAAGCUAAGAAUGCUGCCCUUCGUUCGACGGUACAUUCACGCGGUCGAAAAUUUCUUCAAUCACAUCUAUCGCCUCGUCGGGGAACACACUCACGAAAAAGAUAACGAUAACCCUCGCGAUUUCAUCGAUAUUUUCCUGAACGAAAAGGAGAAGAAAGAUAAACAGGGCAUUGAGUCCCUGGCGCUGCAGAGCGAGAACUUGCCGCGCAUUGUGGGCGACCUUUUCGCUGCUGGAUCGGAGACCACUGCCACCACGCUCCGUUGGGCGAUGCUUUACAUGAUGGCCUAUCCUGAGGUACAGACUCGGGUCCAGAAGGAGUUGGAUGACGCCACUAGUCGUAAUCGAAUGCCGAGAAUCGCUGACAAGCCUGAGCUGCCCUACACCGAGGCAGUGCUUAGUGAGGUGCAGCGCAUUGGUACUAUCCUACCAGUGUCUGUACCGCACAUGUGUUCCGAGGAUACCAAAUUGAUGGGGUACAACAUACCGAAGGGAACUUUGGUAAUCUCCAACUUGUGGCACAAUCACUUUGAUCCAUCUGUGUGGGCGAAGCCCAAGAGCUUUCGCCCGGAGCGAUUUCUUGACAAAGAAGGACAGUUUCAAUCGCGCGAGGUUCUCACGCCAUUUGGAGUAGGUCGCCGCAUUUGUAUUGGAGAACAUCUUGCCAGGCAAGAGCUAUUCGUCCUUUUCACACACUUGCUGCACCACUUCACCUUGAAGAACCCCAACAAGGCAACUCCGGUAUCCUUCGAAGGGAACGAUGGAAUUGUGUGGUCUCCGCAGGACUUCACCGUCUGCGCCAUUGCAAGAAAUUGAGAAAAUGGAUUUGUGCGAAAUGCCCGCAUAUCCCCACCAAUUAUUGCAAUAUUGCAUGGGCACUACUUUCCGCUUCAAUAUCGUUUUCAAUUAAAAAUUGAGGCUAGGUCAAUUGCAAAAAACAUUUACAUGGAUAGGAGACUUUUGAGAGGCUUGGUGGCAGCACACCCAUCGGUACUUUCAGUUGUUCAUGUCAUGUUUAAGUCAAUGUGCGCAUGUGCAAAAUGACGCAAACAAUAGCAAAAGACCGGUACGCUUGCUGCCACCAAAACAAUUCUCAAAUGUCUCCCAUAAGCCCUCGGAUGAGGGUGCUGUGGAGUUGCCAUUGACAGUGGUACGAACACACGUAUCCAAAAAUUAGAGUUUAAACAAUUUUAAAUUCACUCAAAGCUAGCAAACUCGUUUAGUGAACAGAAUGUGUUAGUGUUUGUACCAUAGAAUGGGACGUUUCAACAGCACACUCAUCCAUUUAUUAUGGCCUACUUCGUGCAAACGGAGCAUGCGUGCAUGGAAGUACUAACCCGCGGUCAUCAGGUAUGUACCGAUAUCAAACGAAAACUCAAAUAAUCUAGAGAUAACUAGUGCCCCUGGAUAGGCCGGUGAGAAGAACUAAUAUAAACAUCAUCAGUGUGAGAAUAAAUCAUAACAUGUGUUAUUUCCCCUCCCCCCCAAAAAAAAAAAAAAAAAAAAAAGUAAUAAAUAAAAAAUUAUGAAAAUAAGCAAAAGUACAUUUCAACGAUUGCCAUGUAAAGACUAGGUUUUAUGUAUAUUUCUGAUACUGUUUACAAUGUGAUUUCCAACGUUAUAAAAUAACAUUUUGUUUUUAUUGAACUUUUUUUCACGUAGAAGCCACAAACACAACUUUGUUAUAAUUUUGGAAACACUGAGCUCAACAGGAAAAAUGUAACUUCUUCAUGUGACAUGUAAAAAGUAAUGUGACAUAUACUAAAUGUAAGCAACCCUGAAUUACAUUUAGACGUUGUUCCUAUUAUGUUAUUUGCCUGCUCAAUAUUAGUAGCUUUUCACAGUCUGAAGCUUUUUAAGCGCAUUUCAAAGAAUGACGGCAAUACUGUAAAUAGCAAUAUCCUCUUUAGAACUGAAUUCUCUAUGAGCAAAUGUUUGAGAUAUUUGAUUUCUUUUUUACGUUUUAAUAUUCGACGAUUUAGUUUAAGAUAUUGUAGAGAGAUCAAAUGAAACCCAAACAAUGAGUGCGACCGUUGAUGCGCAUGUAGUUCACAUCACUUAACUUAAAACUCCCGACCAGCGCAUAAAAUCGUAAUGUGAAUUAAAGAAACAAAUAAGGACAUAAUAUAGCAUUUUUUUAAGAACUCAAACUCUGAAAGCAUAGAUAGUUUGAUUCGCAACGCUUUUGAAAAUAGUUACUGUUAUUUUUAUUUGAAAUCAAAAGAGUGUUACAUCAAAUCAAGCCUAUGUCGACUACUAUACAUGUACAUUAAACUGUCAAUUAAAUUAGAGUGAUUACUUGA